AGGUUACCCAAUGCCAAUGAUUAACCUACAUAACCUCACAAUUAGUUGUCAAAAUAACAUUAAAAAUGAUAGUUUCGAGGUGUUUUUCUUCCUUAAAAGCCAUAAAAUAUAUAAAACCAGCUGCAAAAUUUAGUACUUCUUCUAUUCGCAAUGGACAUGGAGAAUGGCACUAUCGAGGAGGAGUUGUAAAAAAUCCGAAGUGGGUUACACCUGCAGCCGAAAUUAUUCAAGGAAUAGCCUGGUGGUGGGUUUUGUGGCAUUUAUUCACUCAAUUCGAUCAUAUCACCGGAGAAUUUGAGUAUCCCGAUCCAAGCAAAUGGACAGAUGAAGAGCUUGGUAUCCCAGAAGAGGUGUGAUAUUUAUGUUUAAAAUGAUGUGUAAGGUUCUACGUUUUGUUAGUAAAAUUCCAAAUAAAUAGCUAAAUAAAACUUGAUUGCUAGUA